AUGCACGUAAUUUCAGACCAAUCGGAGAAUGAUCUCUCCAAUAUUGUUGUGGCUUCGAUAAAAUUGGGCCACAAGCACACUUUGACGGCCUGCGCCUUCAAAUAUGAUGACUAUUUCGGGGUGCACUAUGAAGACAACCACCCACGCCAUCCCGGGAUGCUGAACCGCGACACUGUCUGCAAUACUGAACAUGUACGGGCACGCAUGCAGCAGGAGCAACUUAGGGAAGCUGAACGCCGUGCUCAGGAGCAGUUUGCUGCUGAGCACGAUACACCUUUUUGCAUACGGCGGAGUUCACCCCCAUCAAAUCGCAUCAGCUUCAGAAACAGCACUGCAUAUGUUCCAGACGGGGACGCUGUGAAUUACACUUCAGAUCUAUCGCCCACACGAUGGCGCCCAAACUCAGGGAGGGUGUUGAGGAGCCCCAAUAAACGAAGUUACUCCAACCCCAUGAUGCUUCCACCCCUCAAUAAGGCCUCUGCAGCAUACAAAAGCCCAAAGCGGGUGUGUGCGUCACCUAGGCAAGGCUUCAAUUUUGGCGGGCUGCCGGAAAUUAUUCAUUUAGACGAGAAUGUUUAG